CGUACCGCUACUGCCCACUAAAAUUGCCUAGAACAUUGUAGCCAAUGAUGCAUUUCAAUUUUCCUCACAGUUGAUGGCAUUCUGAAGAAUUGUGGGAAUUUGCUAAAGGGUUGGAAUUCUUUUUCCCUUUUCGUUCCAAAAUUGACUAGGUGUUUAGAGAAAAAAUUUCAUAUUAAUUCUGUUUGAAGGAUUUUAUCAAACACAAGACAGGCGUGGCGAGUGUGGGAAAAUGGAGAGCUUUUUGGAUGAUACAUUCGAUGUGAAAUCCAAGCACGCUCCCGAUGAGACACUGCAAAAAUGGAGGAAACUUUGUGGGGUGGUUAAGAACCCCAAGAGAAGGUUUAGAUUUACAGCCAACAUUUCCAAGCGAUCUGAAGCUGCUGCUAUGCGUCGUACUAACCAGGAGAAGUUAAGGAUUGCAGUUCUCGUAUCCAAAGCCGCAUUUCAGUUCAUCUCCAGUGUGUCCCCAAGUGACUACACCGUACCUUCCGAAGUGAAAGCAGCUGGGUUCGACAUUUGUGCUGAUGAGUUGGGAUCCAUCGUUGAAGGCCACGACGUGAAGAAGUUGCGAUUCCAUGGAGGAGUCAGUGGGAUAGCUCGAAAGCUAUGCACUUCAACCAACGACGGCCUCCCUAAAAAUGACGACGCAUUGAGACGUAGACAAGAGCUUUUUGGAAUCAACAAGUUUGCUGAAAGUGAAUCUAGGAGUUUCUGGGUAUUCGUUUGGGAAGCCCUUCAUGACAUGACCCUUAUGAUAUUGGCGGUGUGUGCUUUCGUCUCCUUAAUAGUUGGGAUAGCUACAGAAGGAUGGCCCAAGGGAGCCCAUGACGGGCUUGGAAUUGUUGCGAGUAUAAUGUUAGUCGUGUUCGUAACAGCAACAAGUGACUACCGCCAGUCCCUACAGUUCAAGGAUUUGGACAAGGAGAAAAAGAAGAUAAGCAUCCAAGUCACAAGGAAUGGGUUCAGGCAGAAGAUGUCCAUCUACGACUUGCUUCCUGGAGACAUUGUCCAUCUCGCGAUAGGGGAUCAGGUCCCUGCAGAUGGGCUUUUUGUUUCGGGCUUCUCUGUUUUGAUUGAUGAAUCGAGCUUAACUGGUGAAAGCGAGCCGGUUAUGGUGGGCAGUGAAACCCCCUUUCUGCUCUCCGGAACCAAAGUUCAAGAUGGUUCCUGCAAGAUGUUGAUUACAACUGUUGGGAUGAGAACUCAAUGGGGGAAACUAAUGGCGACUUUGAGUGAAGGAGGUGAUGAUGAGACUCCAUUGCAGGUGAAACUAAAUGGAGUAGCAACCAUUAUUGGGAAGAUUGGACUCUUUUUUGCGGUCAUCACUUUUGCAGUUUUGGUACAAGGGCUGCUUGUUAGGAAAUGGAAGGAUGGCAGCCACGUGGAUUGGAAUGCUGACGAAGCAAUGGAGAUGCUCGAGUACUUCGCCAUUGCAGUCACGAUCGUGGUUGUCGCGGUUCCAGAAGGGUUGCCACUUGCGGUGACUUUAAGUCUUGCAUUCGCCAUGAAGAAAAUGAUGAAUGACAAAGCACUUGUUAGACACCUUGCAGCUUGUGAGACGAUGGGUUCCGCUACAACAAUUUGUAGUGACAAAACUGGAACCUUGACAACGAACCACAUGACCGUUGUGAAAUCAUGCAUUUGCAUGAGUGUUCAUGAAGUUGGGAAUCCGAGCAAGUUUGCCAACUUGAAAUCCGAGCUCCAUGAUUCAGCUCUCAAGUUAUUGCUUCAAUCGAUAUUCAACAACACUGGUGGUGAAGUUGUGAUGAGCAAAGAAGGGAAACGCGAGAUUUUGGGGACCCCUACUGAGGCGGCUAUACUCGAAUUUGGUUUAUCCUUAGGUGGGGAAUUCCAGGCUGAGAGGGAAGCAGUAAAGCUUGUUAAGCUCGAGCCGUUCAACUCCACCAAAAAAAGAAUGGGGGCAAUAGUGGAGCUUCCUGGAGAAGGUGGAAGAAUGAGAGCUCACUCGAAGGGAGCCUCGGAAAUAGUGUUGGCCUCCUGUGAGAAGGUGAUCAAUGCGAAAGGAGAAAUUGUGGCUCUCGAUGAUUCAUCUCUGAAAUUUUUACAGGCUACAAUCGAUCAGUUUGCUGGUGAGGCCCUCAGAACUCUAUGCUUGGCAUACAAAGAAGUGCAAGGUGGGUUUUCUCCUAAUGAUGCGAUCCCAGAGUCUGGGUAUACUUGCAUUGGAAUCGUGGGGAUUAAGGAUCCAGUAAGGCCUGGGGUGAAAGAAUCUGUUGCAGUUUGUCAUGCAGCUGGUAUUGCUGUUAGAAUGGUGACAGGAGACAACAUCAACACUGCUAAAGCGAUAGCGAGAGAGUGUGGGAUUCUUACUAGUGAUGGUAUAGCUAUUGAAGGUCCAGUUUUCAGGGAAAAAAGCCAGGCCGAGUUGCUCGAAUUGAUUCCCAAGAUUCAGGUGAUGGCGCGAUCUUCACCUCUUGACAAGCACACACUGGUGAAGCAUUUGAGAACCACAUUUGAUGAUGUAGUUGCUGUGACUGGGGAUGGAACAAAUGAUGCUCCAGCACUUCAUGAAGCUGAUAUUGGUCUUGCAAUGGGCAUAGCUGGAACCGAGGUUGCUAAAGAGAGUGCUGAUGUGAUCAUCCUGGAUGAUAACUUCUCAACAAUCGUGACAGUAGCCAAAUGGGGGCGCUCGGUUUACAUCAACAUCCAAAAAUUUGUGCAGUUCCAGCUCACUGUUAACGUGGUUGCCUUGGUAGUUAACUUCUCUUCAGCCUGCAUGACAGGAAGUGCACCCCUGACAGCUGUCCAAUUGUUAUGGGUAAAUAUGAUAAUGGAUACAUUAGGAGCUCUUGCGUUGGCAACAGAACCACCAAACAAUGCACUAAUGAAACGCCCACCAGUUGGAAGGAAGGGCCAUUUCAUUACUAAUGUGAUGUGGAGAAACAUCUUAGGCCAAUCUUUUUACCAGUUCUUGAUAAUAUGGAAGCUCCAAGCUUCUGGGAAAUUGAUGUUUGAGCUCGAAGGCCCAAAUUCUGAUCUUGUUCUCAACACUAUCAUUUUCAACUCCUUCGUCUUCUGUCAGGUUUUCAAUGAGAUAAGCUCUCGUGAAAUGGAGUCGAUCAACGUGUUCAGAGGCAUAAUGAACAACUAUGUCUUUGUCAUGGUUUUGGGUGCUACUGUAGCUUUCCAGAUCAUAAUUAUUGAGUUUCUAGGAACGUUUGCUAACACAACGCAUCUGACGUCGCAUCAAUGGGGAGCUAGUGUGCUUAUCGGAUUCAUUGGCAUGCCGAUUGCUGCUAUCUUGAAGAUGGUUCCCGUGUGAAACAAUUUUGAGAACAAAGGUAAUAUCUUAUUGAUGUAGUUUAGAUAUCUGAGGAAAUUUAUUGGUGGCGGGUAGACCAAGUAAGAGAGAAAUUACUCUAUAGAUUAUCCUUAGAAGGAUUCAAGUUACCAGGUUUGAUUGAUGGAGUAUAAAUGCUUGUUUGUUUUUUUUCUUUUAUGUUCUUUUUCUAUUUUUAGCGGAGUAUUUUGAUUUUUUAGCCUAUGUAUUUUGAUGAGCUUCUACUUGAGAGACAUUGGUAUGAGAAAUUCAGAAUUACUGGUUCACAGCAAAAUUAGCUACUUGAGAUAGUAGCAACUUUAGUACCUUGCUGCAGAAACCACAAGGAAAAUGAUUUGUUAUUGAGCAGAAAAAUUCUCCAGUAGGAAACCAAACGGCUCAAGGAUUUCCAUAUAUAUGUAGAAUACUGGAAAUUAAACAAUCUUUCUAGCAGACGGACUCCCACCAUCUAUAAACAUUGCGUAAUCCC